UAUAUCUUAUACUGUGGUAUAAACGCAGCCACCUAAUCGAAAUGAACCGUGCCCAGCCACAUACCCCAACAGGGAGCUCCCAGCCUGUAUAUAGCACAGCGAGGCGCUUAUCCUUGGCCCCUCGACCUCGUAGAUCCCUACUUAGCUGGAGCUCCCAGGAAAGCCCUAUAGAACAUGAGGAAUUUCAAGACCAGGAUGAUGAUUGCUUUGACCACAAUGAAUAUGGCAGUGGUUCAGAAAGUAAAAAAGAUUCUCUGGAAAGUCUACCAGAAACAAAGGAGGUCACCAAAGCACCUGGCUACCCAGACUUCCCUGUGCAACCUUUCAAGAUCGGAAACAGUCUUCAAAAGCUGAGACAGGAAAACCUAGCAAAGAAACGUAGAGAGAGUUCCCCUAAGAUGCCAGAGCUUGCUGAAAAUGAAAACGAUGGAGACCCUAAAGCAGUUCAUGCUGAGCCUGAAGAUGAUAUUAAUGGAAAAAGUGAUGAUGCGGUGCAUGUGAAUGGGGAAUCCAGGGAAGGUCAGGAAAAUGGAUCUUCGUUCCCAAACUUGCCAAAUGCUUUUCUGAAGAAACUUGGUUUGAAUGGGGCAGACAAGGAAAAGAGUGCUGAACACCUGAAUGAUCAAGAACUGGAAGAGAAGUUUGUGGGAAUUUCCCUUGCGUUCAAAACAGAUCGACUCACUUUGGAAAAGAGGCUAGAGUUACAGGAACGACAGCGUAAUAUUGCAGAGGAAAAUAUAGAUCAAGAGCUUGAUGGACUUAAGGAAGCACUUAAGUCAUUACAUACAAUGUGUAUGGACAAUGAGAGUGUUCAGAUCUACCAGAGACUCCAACAUCACAUAGAAGUACUUGCUCAGACUACUAAUAGGAUGUCUAGUAGGGCAGAGGUCCUUGGGGCAGUACACCAAGAGAGACGUCUCAGCACUGCUAUUGAGGUUAUGGUUCAACAUACUGAGAACCUGAAGAGAUUGUACGAGAGAGAACACCAUGAACUGGAGGAGACAAGGAGGAUCCUACAGGAGAACAACCUCUAUACUCCUUCAACAAGCCCAGAUAUAGCAGGGGAAUACACCAUUGGAAAGAGGUCUAUGUCUGUGACAGGGGGAGCCACUAGUCUUAAGGGGACUAGAAGGCGUGCUAGCGUAGCGGUGGGUGCUUUAGGAAGACAGGCCAGUGUCUCAAAUGAUCCAAAAAGUCGAUUUCAGAACAUAGUAGCAUCUACCUCAGCAGGUAACAAGAACUCCAUCUUUAGUGUUGUGAGACGGGCUUCUAUGGCAGAUAAAGGAGACAAUAGUCCUACAGGACAGUCUGAACUGUCCCCCAUAUUAUCUAGUCCUACUCUAGAGAAAACACAGGAGCUCAACCACAAUGAUAUCAAGGAAUCCCUUCAGCCAGUAGUUGUUUCAAAUGGGCCUACGAGUGCCUCCAUUGCCACCAUAACAAGCUCAACUCUAGCUACCCCAAGUACCCAAGGUACAACUUUAGUGAGACGGUCGAUCACAUACUCCAAAGAUGGUUCUGAUAAAUCUACUGAUCAUAAACCCAAUGAAGAAGAAAUAUUUCAAAAAGGCUAUGAAGAGGGGAUUAAAGCCAAGGUGUCUCAAGAUCUAGAAGACUUGAGGGAACAACAAAAAGUAUUCUGUGAUACCCUAGAAGACCUCAUGGAUCAGAGUGAGAUAGCAGAGCAGAUGGAAGCUUGUGAGAGCAGAGAGACAUUUAUUGAGAAGGUCUUAAAGAUAAAACCAAGAGUUGAACUUAUUUACUCAAAGUUCAGUUGGGACAAAUCAGGGAAGCAAAUGCGCUAUUUUCUGGCAUGUAUAUUGUUUGGAUUAGCUGUACUAACUGUAUUGUUUACUUUGAUACCUGGUGUAGCUGCCACUGCCAGUAAUACAGAUACAUCAGUCGAGGAAAUGCCACAGCCUCAUAUUUCAGUCAGAAAUUAUCGUGCACCACCUAGUUAACCAUGCUAUCGCUCCAUUGUGUGGAAAAGCUUAUUAUAUUGCUGUUUGCUUUGAUACUUGGUGGAG